GGACGACCCAGACAAAGAAACCAUCUUAUCAACUUGAGCCGAGCCUGCAGUUCUAUGGCUUCGACGGCGGAGCUGCAGGGAAGCGUGCUGUACCGCGACAAUGAAGAUGGCAUUGUGAUUCUUGAUAUCCCGCGAUCUCUAGAAGAGGCACAGGUCCGACCCGGAGAGGAAAGCUGGUUCCGGAUUCUAUCUUCUGAGCCGCCGGCCGCACCGUUUGACGUCCCGGAACCUCGCGAUGCGGCGUCGUACUCCAUGUACACUGGUGCAGGGGCGGCUGCAGCACAGGUGGCUGACUUGAUGACUGCAGCCGCCGUGGAUGCAGCAGUGGAAACGCUGCAGACAUCGUACAAUGGGCCGUUUCACUUAGAGCGGCUGUUGGUAGACGUUGAGAGCAGUGCUGAUGCGGUGGCUGAGAUACGCAUACCCCCAUAUGUGACAUAUCUUGCUGGCACGAUCCAGGAUAAGCUAGACGCCUUUGCGGACUCUGCGCCGCAGUUCAAUCUCAUCGUCAUGGAUCCGCCGUGGCCGAAUCGGUCAGUCAAACGGAAGCAAAACAGCUACGACACGGUGGCAACCAUCACUGAGAUGCGCCAGCUUCUUGAAUCCAUACCAAUUUCACCACAUCUAGCUCCGAAUGGCCUAUUGGCAGUAUGGAUUACGAAUAAGCCCAGUAUUCUUGACCUUUUGACAUCGCCAAAUGGCCUAUUUGCUUACUGGGGGCUCGAAUUGGCUGCUCAGUGGACAUGGGUAAAGUGCACCACCACGGGAGAGCCUCUCUUUGAUACACAGUCUACUUGGAGAAAGCCUUGGGAAACGCUUCUAAUUGCCAAACGGAGAGGCACACCACCUCCUCCAGUUCUACGACCCCUUAUCAUCUUCGCGGUGCCUGAUUUACAUUCCCGCAAGCCCAACCUGCGCGGGCUUUUCACCGACGCUUUGGGAAGUAAUUACUACGAAGGGCUCGAGAUAUUCGCCCGAAAUCUCACUUCUGGCUGGUGGAGCUGGGGAAACGAAGUUCUCCGGUUUCAGCAGCCAGAGUGCUGGAGCCGGGUUUCUUCAUCAUGACGUUUAAUACCUGUUCACAUACACGCACGUGAGCAUCGACGCUG